AUGAGCAGACUAAUUAAAGCUACUGGUGCUGAUCUUCGUGGUAGUGCAUUUGACAAUUUAUUAAGCCUUUAUCUUGAUGAGCCAAAUGAUGUUUGGGUCAGCAGUGUUGCAAAUUUUGAUUAUGUGAUUUUCUCAACAGGACAAUGGUUCUAUGGACCAUUGACUUUCUAUGAGAAUGGUCAAAUUGUUGGAGGCCAACAAGGAUGUCACAAUCUGCAAAAUACUUUGAGCAUGGAGAGUGUAAUGAAGGUGGGAGUUGCAACAGGACAAGACCAUUUACAAAAGAAGAAACACAAGGCUAUAACAAUGGGGAGUUCUUGGAAGCAAUGCAUCAUGCUCAAGUGGAUGAAUUUAGAGAAGCAGAAAAGGAAGCUAGAAAAAAAAGGGUUGCACUUUGGUUUGAUAGAUAUAAGUGAAGCAACGUCAUUGAGGCCUGAUGCAUAUCCUGAUAAAUAUGGCCUUAUUUAUAAUAAGAAUGUUAAGGUUGUAGAUUGUGUACAUUGGUGCUUGCCUGGUGCUAUUGACACGUGGAAUGAAUUUUUGUUCUAUAAAAUGAAACAAGCAAUCAACAAGACAAGUACUUCAAUUUGA